AUGAGAAGCAUUUGUGAUCUGUGCAUGGUGACCAGAUCAUUGACAUUAAGGCACUGUCACAAGGUUGUCAUUGUCAUAGACGGGAACGUAAACCAAUUGACAGUGACAGUGACAGGAGGAGGACGUUCGCUACGAGGAAGCUGGUUAGACAAGAUCAAAGAAUACGGCGGUGGGUUUAAAGAGGAAACAGCUGACAGCGGAAGGUCUCUGAAAGAAACAGCUGACAGCGGAUGGUCUCUGAAAGAAACAGUUGACAGCGGAAGGUCUCUGAAAGAAACAGCUGACAGCGGAUGGUCUCUGAAAGAAACAGCUGACAGCGGAAGGUCUCUGAAAGAAACAGCUGACAGCGGAAGGUCUCUGAAAGAAACAGCUGACAGCGGAAGGUCUCUGAAAGAAACAGCUGACAGCGGAAGGUCUCUGAAAGAAACAGCUGACAGCGGAUGGUCUCUGAAAGAAACAACUGACAGCGGAAGGUCUCUGAAAGAAACAGCUGACAGCGGAUGGUCUCUGAAAGAAACAGCUGACAGCGGAAGGUCUCUGAAAGAAACAACUGACAGCGGAAGGUCUCUGAAAGAAACAACUGACAGCGGAUGGUCUCUGAAAGAAACAACUGACAGCGGAAGGUCUCUGAAAGAGACAACUGACAGCGGAUGGUCUCUGAAAGAAACAACUGACAGCGGAUGGUCUCUGAAAGAAACAACUGACAGCGGAUGGUCUCUGAAAGAAACAACUGACAGCGGAAGGUCUCUGAAAGAAACAACUGACAGCGGAAGGUCUCUGAAAGAAACAACUGACAGCGGAAGGUCUCUGAAAGAAACAACUGACAGCGGAAGGUCUCUGAAAGAAACAACUGACAGCGGAAGGUCUCUGAAAGAAACAACUGACAGCGGAAGGUCUCUGAAAGAAACACCUGACAGCGGAUGGUCUCUGAAAGAAACAGCUGACAGCGGAAGGUCUCUGAAAGAAACAGCUGACAGCGGAUGGUCUCUGAAAGAAACAGCUGACAGCGGAAGGUCUCUGAAAGAAACAGCUGACAGCGGAUGGUCUCUGAAAGAAACAGCUGACAGCGGAUGGUCUCUGAAAGAAACAGCUGACAGCGGAUGGUCUCUGAAAGAAACAGCUGACAGCGGAUGGUCUCUGAAAGAAACAGCUGACAGCGGAUGGUCUCUGAAAGAAACAGCUGACAGCGGAUGGUCUCUGAAAGAAACAGCUGACAGCGGAAGGUCUCUGAAAGAAACAGCUGACAGCGGAAGGUCUCUGAAAGAAACAGCUGACAGCGGAUGGUCUCUGAAAGAAACAGCUGACAGCGGAUGGUCUCUGAAAGAAACAGCUGACAGCGGAAGGUCUCUGAAAGAAACAGCUGACAGCGGAAGGUCUCUGAAAGAAACACCUGACAGCGGAUGGUCUCUGAAAGAAACAGCUGACAGCGGAUGGUCUCUGAAAGAAACAGCUGACAGCGGAUGGUCUCUGAAAGAAACAGCUGACAGCGGAAGGUCUCUGAAAGAAACAGCUGACAGCGGAAGGUCUCUGAAAGAAUCAACUGGAAAGACCUCAUGA